AUGAAGACUCGGGGCAGGCAACGGAAAAGCUGCGAAAUUCGCGACGAUGGUUUCCGUGGCUACGUCGACGGUGAUUGGCCUCUUCUUCUGGUUCUUGAUUCUCAUCUUCCACAACGAGCUUGCCCUAAUUUUCUCCUCCAGCAAACCGGUCCUGCAAGCAGUAAACAAGCUUUCGGUCCUCUUAGCUUUCACUAUUCUUCUCAACAGCGUCCAACCGUUCUCUCCGGGGUUGCUGUCGGAUCGGGAUGGCAAUCCUACGUUGCCUACAUUAAUCUGGGCUGUUACUACCUGAUUGGAGUGCCUCUUGGAUUUAUUAUGGGAUGGAUUUUCAACCAAGGAGUCAUGGGUGUGUGGGCGGGGAUGAUAUUUGGAGGAACUGCGGUUCAGACAUUGAUAUUGGCCGUGAUUACCAUUCGAUGUGACUGGGACAAGGAGGCGGAGAAAGCAACCAUGCAUGUGAAGAAGUGUCAGACAGGACCUGAAAUUGCCAUUUUCAGAACAGAACACCUCCAGCCCACUGAAUGCUUCAAAAAAAUUUAG